GUCUAUUUGGUGAUCCGUGAGGGAGUGGACAAAUGUAACUUCAAUGUCCUAUUUGAGAUUGAGUAAGUGUCAUUUUUUUGCCCUUUUCCCAAGUCUAAAGUCUGCCGUUUUGCCCAAGCGCUGCAAGCCUUCAAUUCUGCAAAGCCGUCUGUGUACAUACUUCGUAAACUUCCGAUCCACGAUGGCUGGGGAUCAUAGCUCCUGGUCGCGAGCGUUGACGCAGAUCUCUCCCUACACCUUUUCAGCUAUCGGUAUUGCCAUCUCCAUAGGCGUUUCAGUAUUAGGAGCUGCUUGGGGGAUUUAUAUAACCGGAAGUAGCUUGAUUGGCGCUGCAAUCAAAGCUCCUCGCAUUACCUCCAAAAAUCUCAUCAGUGUAAUUUUUUGUGAGGCAGUUGCUAUAUAUGGUGUCAUUGUGGCUAUCAUACUCCAAACAAAGCUUGAGAGUGUCCCUGCCUCCCAGAUCCAUGCACCAGAGUCCAUUGCAGCUGGCUAUGCAAUUUUUGCGUCAGGGAUAAUUGUUGGCUUUGCCAAUCUUGUGUGCGGGAUAUGCGUUGGAGUGAUUGGAAGCAGUUGUGCUUUAUCUGAUGCACAAAACUCUACACUUUUCGUUAAGAUUCUGGUGAUUGAGAUAUUCGGAAGUGCAUUGGGGCUCUUUGGAGUUAUAGUAGGAAUAAUCAUGUCGGCUCAAGCAACUUGGCCAUCCAAGGCUUAGUGAGUUGUACUUGAUGUUGCAUUAAGAGCAUUUUACUUCAUAUCUUCUUAUGUGUUCUACUGUUCUGUAUCAUAUUGGUCUCAAUGAAUUUCAGAAUCUUUAAUUUACUCUUCGUCUGAAAGAAUUGCAAUAAUAAAUUUUGUGUUUUUCUUCUCUUUCCUUUGAAUGUUUGAUUUUAAAAAGUUUAUUGCUUUGAUUUGUGCUGCAUUUAUCCCACACUGCCAGAUGUGCACAAGCAAGAAUAUUAAAGCCAGACAAAGUCAUGCGGAAUACAAAUAGGUUUGCGGCGUGCUGGUGAGGAUCUUGUAGUCCAAAUUUUGUUCCAUUCUGUGUGCCACUUUGUUGUUGGUUUAGAAUGUGAAAAUAAAGUACAUGUUUUAUGGUUGUACGAGUAUUUUUUUUCUCGUGAUUGUAUAUUUGCAAGUCAAACUGCCUACAAGCAAAUGAUUCUCUAUUGGUUUGUCCCUUCGCGAAUAUGUUUGGGCCUUUUAUUUUUUUGGUAUCCGCUGUUAUCUUCUGUUUUUUAUUUCAUAAAAUUUGUGCUCAAUUUUAUUGAUGAAUGAUAGGUUCUAAUGGAUAAAAGAGUUGAAGUUCACCUU